CCUUGCCCGCCACCGCCGCUACUGCCACUGCUGCACUGACGGCGGACCCGCCCCUCAGAGUUACUGGUUUAUUUCUGAGAAUCCUCUACUUUCAUCUUCCUCAUGGAUGAACUCCAGGAUGUUCAACUCACAGAGAUCAAACCACUUCUAAAUGAUAAGAAUGGUACACGAAACUUCCAGGACUUUGACUGUCAGGAACAUGAUAUAGAAACUCCUCAUGGUAUGGUCCACGUCACUAUAAGAGGCCUACCGAAGGGAAACAGACCAGUUAUUCUGACAUAUCAUGACAUUGGCCUCAAUCAUAAAUCCUGCUUCAAUGCGUUCUUUAACUUUGAAGAUAUGCAAGAGAUCACUCAGCACUUUGCUGUCUGUCAUGUGGAUGCCCCAGGCCAACAGGAAGGUGCACCCUCUUUCCCAACAGGGUACCAGUACCCCACAGUGGAUGAGCUCGCUGAAAUGCUUCCUCCUGUUCACUUAAGUGUGAAAAGCAUCAUUGGGAUUGGAGUUGGAGCUGGAGCUUACAUCCUCAGCAAAUUUGCACUCAAUUAUCCAGAGCUUGUGGAAGGCCCUGUGCUCAUUAACGUUGACCCUUGUGCUAAAGGCUGGAUUGACUGGGCAGCUUCCAAAAUCUCAGGCUUGACAACCAAUGUUGUGGACAUUAUUUUGGCUCAUCACUUUGGGCAGGAAGAGCUGCAGGCCAACCUGGACCUGAUUCAAACCUACAGACUCCAUAUUGCCCAAGAUAUCAACCAAGAAAACCUACAGCUCUUCCUGUGUUCUUAUAACGGGCGCAGAGACCUGGAGAUUGAAAGACCCAUGCUGGGCCAAAAUGAUAACAAAUCAAAGACUUUAAAGUGUUCCACUUUAUGCCGAAACCGCAUAAAACAUCUGCAAGAAAUGCCUCCAGUCUGUGAUGGAGAGAUGGCGAAACACUCUCCAUCCUCCAAAAAGGAGGCCUGA